UCACGAGGUAGAGUUAGUAAAGUUUCUAAAAUAGAGAUUGUAUCCCAUCAAAAAAAAAAAAGAAAAAAAGAAAAAUAGAGAUUGUAAACCCCAGUCAGUUGAAUUGAGCAAUGAGUUUAAUAAACCAAAAUCCAUGAGAGCGGGGAAGAGAGGCAAAACCCGUUAGCUUUAAAAACCCACACACACACACAGUGACACAGACCCAUUCCAUUUCGUCAUUUCGAAUUGAACAACAACAUCAUGUCGAUGGACCUCUUCUUUUGGAUCAUCGCUUUUCUCAUCAACUUAGCUCUCAUGGCUUCCACCUUUUAUCAGAUUGUGAUCUUGACGGACUUGGAGGCUGACUACAUAAACAUUUACGACUCAGCAACUAGCAUUAAUCGCAUCGUUCUCCCUGAGUUCAUUGUCCAAGGAGUAUUCUGUGCCAGCUUCCUUUUGACUUGGCAUUGGUUCAUGUUUCUGAUAACAGUUCCUGUUACUUGCUAUCAUGUGAUGCUGUUUUUGAAACGGCAGCAUCUUUUUGAUGUCACUGAGGCGUUCAGAUUUCUUAAUGCUGAGAAGAAGUUUCGGUUAAUCAAGCUUUGUUUCUACUUAGUGAUCUUUGCCAUAAUCACUGGCAGGCUUGCAUUAUCUGUUUUCGAGUUUUUAAGUGAUGCGGAUGAUGCCACACAUUUGUUUUGAAUGUGCACUGCUGCAGUAGUAUGUUGGCAACUCAUUGUAAGUUUGGCUUAUAAAUUUGGUCUAUUUGAAAGGAUGAAAUUUAGCUCACUUGUUUAGAUGUUUAGGAAUCACUAGUUAGGAUUAAUACAAUCAAUCCCUCCUGACAUUGGGUAACGGUUUUUUGAUAUCAUGAGUGCUCCUUUUAAUUUUGAUUUGGGGAAUACUUGUAGACCAAUAUUUAUUGUAUUUCUGGAAGGAGAUUUUACUGUGCA